AUGCCGAUUGGAGGUGAAAGAACGCCAACAAAGGCAAACGUCUUCUCUGGUUCGGCAACGGUAGGAAGCAAGAAAGCUACAAAACAGGCACCACUCACAGUCUCCGAUAAUGAGCCUCUGAAAGCCUAUCUGCGUAUUCGACCACCAGCUGGAGAUGAUGCUGAUUCAAAGGAUUCCAACGUGGAGCCAUAUAUUGAGGUGGUAAAUGAUACAGAAGUGUUCAUGAACCCUCCAAAGGACUCUUCAGCGCCUAGAGCCAGAAUUCAUGUUGGUGCAGUACCAACAAAGUAUACCUUCUCAAAAGUGUUUGCAGGUAAUGCACCUGAUAGAUCACAAGCAUCUUUCUUCCAAAGCACAACUUUACCUUUAGUCAAUGAAUUGCUGCAAGGACAAAGUGGUUUGAUCUUCACAUAUGGUGUUACAAAUAGUGGGAAAAGCUACACAGUCCAAGGAGGUGAUAAGGAAGGCGAAGCAGGCAUCUUACCACGAAGUGUAGAUGUUGUAUUCAAUAGUAUCAAAGGCGUAGAGAGCACUUCUGAUAUUCGACCGGUUGGAUUAUCAGGUGUGGAACGGAUUGAUAAGAAUGAUUUUGCUUCUGGCAAGAACGGUGUGAAUCCCUUCUCUCUGCCAGGGAUGUCGAAGCAUUUGACAAGCGAUCAAUCUUCAACAUCGGCCCAAUUUGACCGUGAUACAGAGACAAAAGUCAAGAUUGAUCGCAAUUAUCGUUAUAGCGUCUGGGUUAGCUAUGUGGAAGUGUACAAUGAAAAGAUCUUUGAUUUGCUCGAUGCUGCUCCUCCUGCUUCCUCUUCAAGCAUGCCUAGAUCAAGCUCCUUCUUUGGCGGCUUGACAAGAUCUGAUAGUAUGCGUGGAUCAAAUUGGACACUUGCUGCUAAUGCUGGAGGAAGUGAUGCGAAUGGACCGAUAUACUUGCAACGCAAACCUCUCUCUCUCAAAAACGAUAUUGAAGCAGGUGGUAAAUUCGUUUCAGGACUACAAGAGAUUCGCAUUCAUUCUCCCGCCGAAGCUCGUGAACUGAUGCGUAGAGGGCAAGAAAACAGACGAGUAUUCGCAACUAUGGCCAACCGAGCAAGCUCUCGCAGUCACGGUGUAUUUACCAUCAAGGUCAUCCGAGAACAUGCAGGCGAAGAUGAUUUGACAUUAGCAUGUUCUACAAGUCGUUUGAGCAUUGUCGAUUUGGCAGGCAGUGAGCGAUUGAGCAAUACCUCUGCUUCAGGAGAUCGACUGAAAGAGGCCGGAAGUAUCAAUAAGAGUUUGAUGUGCUUGGGACAAUGUAUCGAAACUCUGCGAAAAAAUCAAGCAAGAGCUGCGAGCUUUAUUCCUGCGCCAAUCACACCUAUCAGCAGCGCAAACACUUCAUCAAACAGUUUAACAAAUCAUGCCGCAUCAGUCAUCCCAAGAGUGCUGAAGAGAAGACCGAGUAUCGUACCUUUCCGUCACAGCAAAUUGACUGAAUUAUUCCAAUCUUUCUUUACCGGAGAAGGACGUGCAGUGAUGAUUGUGAACGUCAAUCCGUUCGAUACUGGCUUUGAUGAAAAUUCACAUGUGAUGCGAUUCAGUGCGGCUGCAAAAGAGGUUCACACCGUUCGCACACAAGGUCAAGCAAGUAAUCUUACCCGAUUCGUUCAUCCAAGCUUGCGAAACUUGUUCAACGGUCAAAAUACUCCGUCUAAACAGUCCUCAGCGGCAGAUCGAACGAUUGACUCGAAAGCAAGUGGUCCUCUUUCGCCUACGAUGAAUCAGGCCACCCCUCGAGCAAAUGCUAAGAUCCAACCUGCACCCCGGGCAAUGCCAGCUCCACCAAAGAUCCCAUCACAUGCAGAUCGAAGUGUGCAAGUGGUGGGAGAAGAAACAAGAGAAGUGACAAUUAUUGAAGAAAGCGAUGAUGAAGGAGAUCAAACUGAUCCAUUCGUUGAUCACUUAAUGCAAAAGUAUGAAGAGAUGCGACAAGCGCUGUUUGAAAGUGAAAUGCGUUGUGCGGCGAUUGAACGAGAUGUUCGUGAAGAAAUGGCAGAAGAGAUGGCUAGUCAAUUGGCAGAAAUGCAAGCGAUUUUCAACGAACGUAUUUUGGCUGAUGCGGCUCAUAAUGAAGAAUUUGUUAAUCGUAAAUUGGAUCUUUUGGCAAGAGCAAGCAGUUAUUCUCAUCAUGCAAAUGGUGACGUUAGCAGUCAAAUGAGCGAAAGCUUUGCUUCGAUGGAGGACGAAGAUGAAGACCUGGAAGAGGAAGAAGAAGAUCUCGAAGUUGAAUGUGCAUUGUCAAAUUCGAAUGGCUUACUCGUCGAUCGUUCAACAAGCAAUACUUCCACCGCUGUUGAAGAUGAGGAAGGCAGUAUUAUUGUCUUACCUCCAAAGAGCCGAUCAAAACACCAGAUCGUAUCCGAAGAUGAAGAAGAGGAAGUAGAGAGCGAAGUCGAUGAUGCUGAAGAAUCAGUAGUCGAAGUCUCUGAACAAAGUAUUGGUGAAAACAGCCAAAAUCCUCAUCCUCAGACUGUGAGUGAUUACAGCAGUAUUAGCAUGGAUGUUCCACCCAGAAUGCUCCGCACAUCGGCACGUCAGGUUGUUCAGGAUGACGAAGAUGAUGAGGAUGUAACGCAAGACUCCACUCAAGACCAAUCCAUCUCGAUUCAAAGUGCAGAAACAGCUGAAGACGAUUCUGAGGAGGAAGAGGAAGAAGAAGUGGAGUCAUCGGAUGAUUCUUUCAAUCUUGGUGAAGAGUCUGUCGAAUCUUCAUUUGAGGCUGCACCAAAAGCGCGCAAUAGCAGAGCUCGUCGGGCUACAACGGCAACUGCAGCAAGAACCAACAAGAGAGCUACAGGACCAGCUCCUACAAAUCGAAGGCGAACAACAACAACAGCUUCAGCUGCCAAAACACCGGGACGGAAGAGCGAACACAACAGCGAUGCAAGUCUAGUAUUGACAAAAGACGCCAAAUCUGCAAAGAAAAGCCCCAAGAAGAAAUUGCUUGGACGAAGGACUCUCGUUGAUGAAGAAACGAUGUAUCAGCAUCUCGGCGAUUCAUCUUUGGUCGAUGAACUACAGCGAAGAGAAAGCUGA